AUGGCUGCUGCGGCGCUGGUGGUUAAGGCUGAGCCAACGAGUGAGGCUAGUGCGCUCAUUCAUCAGUGGCAUUCGAGACAGAGAGUGGCUGGGACUACUGCGUCGUGUGCGAAUGCGGACUAUCCUCGUCAAUGUGGAGUGGGUUAUGAUUAUCGGGGCUUUGAGAAGGAUCAGGGUAAGCGGGCUCAGUUUGUGAUCGAUCAGUUUCGAUUUGCUUGGAAGGGGUAUGAGAAGUAUGCGUUUCCGAACGACGACCUCCUCCCCCAAAACAACAGCUUCCGCAACUCCAGAAACGGCUGGGGUCUCACAGCCAUCGACGCCUUGGAUACAGCCAUAAUCAUGCAACAACACGACAUCGUCACCACAAUCCUCCAAUUCAUCCCCACCAUCGACUUCACAAAAAACCACUCCCCAUCCCCCACAACAACCAGCCUCUUCGAAACCAACAUCCGCUACCUAGGCGGUCUCCUCUCAGCCUACGACCUCCUCACCGGCCCCUUCAAAUCCCAAAACUACAACCCCGCCCACAUCACAGCCCUCCUCACCCAAGCCCAAACUCUCGCCAACGCUUUGAAAUUCUGCUUCAAUACCCCAACCGGUAUCCCCGUCUCAAUCGUCAACCUCGACUCCCAAACCUUCACCAACACCUCCCGCAUGGCGAAUGGAGUCUACACCGCGGGUCUCGCCGAACUCGGCACUUUGGUUCUCGAAUGGCAACAUCUCUCCGACCUCACCGGCGACCCUUCAUACGGCGCUCUGGCCCAACGCGCGGAAUCUUGGUGGUUCCGCGCUCGCGAGAUCUGGCCGGGUCUCACGGGUGGGAAUUUCUCCGUCGAGACGGGAGAAGUCCUGGAUGAGUAUGGCGGUUGGAUUUCAGGCCACGAUUCCGCCUACGAGUAUUUGAUCAAAAUGUUCGUGUACGAUCCCGACACCUACGCAAAUUAUGCGGAGCGCUGGAAACGCGCCGCCGAUUCCACGCUCGAACAUCUCCUGUCGCAUCCCGCGUCGCGCCCGGAUCUGACCAUGGUGCAAGCCUUCGACGGGAGGGACCGAGCGAAUUAUUCCGAAGGGCUCGCGUGUUUUAUCGGGGGGUCGUUCAUUCUGGGGAGCACGGCGCUCCGCGACGCCAGAUACCUUCGUCCGGGCCUCGAUUUCUCCGAGUUCUGUGCGAAUGGUUAUCGAUCGACGCCUUCCGGGAUCGGGCCUUCGAUUUAUUCUUGGGAUUUGGAACGCCUUUCCGAACCGGAGUUUGUGAAUCAGAGUGGGUUUUUUGAGAGGGCGGGGUGGUUUAUUCCGGAGAAUUUUGCGUUUGGAGGGGGGCAGGCUCCUGAGGCGGUGGAGAGUUGGUAUUAUGCUUACCAGGCGACGGGGGAGCAGUAUUGGAGGGAUGUGGCUUGGGCUUAUGUUUUGAGUCAGGAGCGACUUUUGAAGGUGGGGUCUGGGUUUGUGAGUGUGAGGAAUGUUUUGAGGGAGGAUGGGGGCGAGAGGGGGAAUUUUAUGGCGAGUUUUAUGUUGGCGGAGGUGUUGAAGUAUCAGUAUUUGAUCCAGGCGCCGCCGGAGAAGAAGGGGGUUUGGGAUGUGUUGCAAGGGGAGGAGAAGACGAAUUUGUUUGUUUAUAAUACUGAGGCGCAUCCGUUUAGGGUUAGGGCGAGGAGGCCGGUGUGA